AUGUCCGAAGAAUUUGUUGUGAUCCGGAUAAAACAAGUAAUUUAUUCGGGUGGAUAUGAACAAUCUCUCCUUUACAUUACAUUAUGUAAUCCUCGCAAUCUUCGCCGUUUAUCUCCUCGUUCCCCGACUCAAAAAUAUUCCAAACUCUCACACACAUUCUCUCUUCAUUGGGAUAUUCAAAUUCUUCUUUCUUUUUUCGUGUUCUUUUUUUAUAACUCCCAAGUACGUUUAUUACCUUUACGAGUUGUUUCGUUUCUAUCCACUGAUGUCUACUUCUUUGUAAUGGAAUUUGCUUCGUUUCUGAAGCUUUUGAGUCAAACCGAUGGUUUUGGUUUUGGUUUUGGAUGUGGGAUCUUCGUUUUUGGUUGCUUCUCUCAGCUCUUCAAUCUCGUCUUCCUCUGUUUCUUGCUUCUUCUUGGACUCAAGUUUCUAUUUUUAAAUCGAAUUUCUCAAAAGUUCGAGUCUUGCAACUCCUUUGAACAUAAGGAUUGCAAAAACAAUGGGUUCGUUUCAGAUUCUAAGAUGGUUGAUGGAUUGGAUCGGAAGAAGAAGCCCAUCAUUUUACACUGGAGUUCUGAUUCUUCAGCUGAUGUGUUGAGCUGCGAGAACUGUGAUCGUCUUAUUCUACGUGAUGAUGAUCACAUCAAAAACAGAGACAGUACCGCGGCGUUAACGGAAACAGAGCUUGACGAGAAGAAUCAUCAGGAGAGCGAGGACGAAGAAGAAUCACGGUUUCGGAGCGAUGAAGAAGACCAGGUGUUCGACGUUAUUACUCUGAGAGAAAUGGUGAAGAGAGAGAGGAAACGCGGAGAUUUCAUGAAGAAAGAGCUGGAGAAGGAGAGAAGAGCAGCUGAAUCAGCUACGGAAGAAGCCAUGGCUAUGCUUCUAAAGCUACGGAUGGAGAAAAGCGUUGUGGAGAUGGAAGCAAAACAAUACAAGAGAGUUGCCGAACAGAAGCAAGCCUAUGAUCAGGAAGUGAUUCAAUCGUUACAGUGGAUGUUGAUGAAGCUUGAUGACCACCAAUAAGCCAACUACUCUGUUUGUAACUUUUGUAUUCUAUGCAUAUAAUAUAAAAUGAAACAAAAAUUUCCGGUUUGGUUCAAUCGGAACCAUAAACAUA